AUGUCGGCGGGCACUCCUUGCAUAUGACUUCCUCUUCACUUUUAGCAAAAGAAAAAAAAAUUACUGUGCACGCAAAGAAUUAAUUUUCCCGUGUCAUUUUCAUCGGGAGGAUUGUACAGGGCAUUAGUCAUCCCACGAAUGAAUAUUGUACUAUCUAAUUAUGAAAACGCAAAAUGCUUUCCUGUAGUUAGCAUCCGUGCUAAUACCGGACAGAGAGGCGAUGCUAAUGACGGUUUGCGCUGAGCGGCUACACAGAGCCUUUUUAUAGUCAUUUGGUUAAACGAGGUUGGGGCUCGUGUGCUGUUAGAAGAUUUUGCAGCUUUAUUCUGAAAAAAAAAAAAAUCCGUAAUGGAAGAAGUCGACAGGAUUUUAAUUCAUUCUCUAAGACAGGCUGGCACUGAUAUACAGGAAGAUGUGCAAAGUGUCAAGCAAUUCACCAGUGAGCUGAUAGUGCAGGCGGUGGUGAGGUGUGUGCGUGUGAUUGACCCGGCUUUGGGCAGUGGACUCUCUCCCAUGCUGCCCCCUGGCAUGUCUGCCCGCUUCAGGGUGGGCAUGAGCCUGGCCCAAGCCUGCCAGGACUUGGGUUAUAAAGGGGAGAUUGGCUACCAGACGUUUCUAUACAGUAAUGAGCCAGAGAUCCGCUCUUUACUCAUGUUUCUGGUGGAGAAACUGCCUAGAGAGAGUGCUGAGGUUUCAGACCAACCAGCAGGGAAGUCUGCUCUCCUGCAGAAGGCCAUCGCAGCCCAGAUUAAAGCUCAGCUAGCGUUGCCCUGGCUUCCUCCAUCCUGCAGACUGCCCCUGCAGCGCAAAACCCAGAGUCCUGGUCCAUGUCACAGUUUCCAUGCCCAGCCACUGAGUCUACCAUACUCACUGAAAGUUCCUGCCAAGAAACAGUCUAAAGAGGUGAAGGACUACUGGAGAGAGUAUUUAUUGCCUGUGACAUCUCAGCCUUCUCAAGCUGCCUCAGUACCUGCUUCUCUGUUGGAGAACCAUGUUUCUGAACUUAGCGCAGCACAAGAGUGGGAGAACGAGUGGAACAACCAAGGCCUUCUUUCCAGACUCACUCCUGAGGAUUAUCGCUCAAGGAAAAGAAUGCGGAUGCAGAAGCGAAUAGAGGAGCAGCUAAGGGCAGCUGCCCAGCCUCGGCCCGACUCGCACAAUGCCACACGUUCGACCUCUGACCUUUCUGAGUUGUUAAACUCCUUUGCAGGGGCUACUACAGGAGGUGAUGUCCUGACCAAAGGCACACGCUUCACCCACUCUGAGAAAUUCACCUUUACACAGGAACCUGAGAAAGCUGCUCAGCAGAUGGCAGCAGCAGCAAGUGCACUUCCCAGCUCCCACCAAUCUGAGGAGGACCUAAAGGUCCAGCAGGAGGCAGAAAUCUCAGCACUCCAGCAACAACUCCAGCAACUUUCUGUCCAAAUGGAGGAGGUGGGCGGGGACAUUAGGCAGCUGACAGUGUCCAUUCACCAGGUAUCAGAUGAGCUGAAACAGAGAGAGGUACUUAACUUGGAGCAGGAGAACACUGUCAUGGUUAAAAAACAGACCAUCAACCUCCUACCAGAUGCUGAGAACAACCUGAUCAAACUACAGAGCCUGGUGGAGGCGAGCUCUAAGCGAGUGGUUCAUUUGGCCACACAGUGGGAGAAACACAGAGCACCGCUUAUUGAUGAACACCGUCGACUCAAGGAACUCUGCAGUAAUCGAGAGAUGGAGUCGUCCAGAAAGUUAUCUGAAAUCAAAGAGCUUCAUGAUAGAAUCCGACAGUGUGCUGAGGAGGCCAAAAAGAAGGAGAGCCUAUAUAAACAACUGAUCACAGAGUACGAGACUUUGCCUAAAGAUGUCUGCCGCUCGGCCUACACUAUGAGGAUCCUGGAAAUUGUCGGCAACAUUAAGAAACAGAAGGAGGAAAUCACAAAGAUUUUGUCGGACACUAAAGAGCUGCAGAAAGAGAUUAACAGCCUUACAGGAAAGCUCGACAGAACGUUUGCUGUCACAGAUGAACUGGUUUUUAAGGAUGCUAAGAAAGAUGAAUCUGUCCGUAAAUCUUAUAAAUACCUGGCUGCCUUACAUGAGAACUGCUCCCAGCUUAUUCAGACUAUAGAGGACACCGGCAGUAUCAUGAGAGAGAUCAGAGAUCUGGAGGAACAGAUUGAGACUGAAAAUGGUAAAAAGACUGUUAGCAACCUGGAGAAGAUUCUGGAAGACUACAAGGCUAUCCGGCAAGAAAACUCUGCCCUAGCUGCUAAGAUAAGAGAAGGUUAACUCACACGGGGGAAGUGUUUACUGGGACUAUACAGACACUAUGACCGGCUAACGGUAAAGCUAGUGUCGCUCCAUCUCCAAGCUCAUGGGCAAUCCGUGAUCUCUAUUAAUUCAAACCCAAAACCUACAACGCCGCUUUUGGCUGGAGAUGUGGACACAAUACUCUUUUGUAUCAAAAUGACAGAAUUUUAGUUUGUUGUGAAAAUGUUGGCACCAUUUGAAUGUAUUCUGAUCUUCUGCUUCUCCUCUCAUUUGGCCUUGACUACAGGAGGCUUGGUACAUGUGCUUUGCCUGUAAGUACACAAUGACAACUUCUAUUGUGUAGCCAAAAAAUGUCCGUCAACUGUGACCCCCGAUUUUGUACUAGUCAAACUUGGUAAUGUGAGCACUGGAAUAUUAUAGAGGUAUAAAAAGAUUUUCAUUGGGAUUCAUCUUAUGCAAUAUCUAUGCUAUGUAAGAUUUUGUAUAACAUCUGUGUAAUGUCUUGCCCAUGGUUUUGCGCUGCACUAUGAAUUUGCAAGCAGUUACUCAAAGUCAGUGUGUUUGCUGCUGAUCUACAGCAGUCAUUCGAGUCAUAUAGUUGAGUAGUGUAUCAAUGCUGAGAACAACACUGAUUGUUUCCUACAUCUCGUAUAUUGAGAUAAUUAGGACUAACUGUACUUCCAAUCAAGUAUUAUCUAAAAAUGACUUUUGUAGAUAAAGCCAAUCUCUAAAGUGUUUGAUUUUUAAAGCUACCACAAAAAAACAAAACAAUGGUUGCCAAUGUCUUUUUAAUCAGUCUUACUUAGUCGAGUCGAACAAAUAAGUUAUCCAUUUUUUGUUUUCUGCUAAAUCUUUUCUGCAAAUUGUUUGCAGAGUGAUUGACUGCAAAAUAGCUGGAGAAUAAAUAAUACAACCCUAUUGAAUGGUCAAACUAAUUGGAAAAAAUUAAUAAAUGUGAUUUUUCUUGA